UCAGGGGUAGGGGAGUUGACUUGGUUCAGAAUAUGCUCAUUCCUGAACAUAAGCAUACUCAAUGGAGACUUUCCAUUCAAUAUGUUUUGUGUCUUUUAGUUCUGAGUUUGACUGGGUGUGAGAUGGAAACACGAGGUGUAAACUGACAGACGUGAUGCAGAUGCAAGCCCAGGAGCUCCUGAGACAGCUGCAGAUCCCAGAGCUGGAGGAUGUGUGCCAGUACAUGCACAGCCUGCCCGCCAACAUCCUGAUGGGUGUGGGUGCCCUUGCCGCCCUCACCACCUACUGGUACGCCACGCGGCCCAAGGCCCUCAAGCCGCCCUGCGACCUCAACAUGCAGUCAGUGGCCAUGACGGGUGACGGUUACGUCAGGCGGUCCAUUCUGAAUAACAACGACGAGCACAUGACUCACUACUACAGUGACGCACGGACCAUGUACGAGGUAUUCCUCCGAGGCAUGCGGGUGUCCAUUGAUAGGCCCUGUCUAGGAUCAAGAAAACCCAACCAGCCUUACAAGUGGCUGUCAUACCGAGAGGUGGCAGAAAAAGCCGAGUGCAUUGGCUCGGCUCUUCUCCACAGAGGGCACUCCCAGACUGGAGACAAGCAUAUCGGCAUCUUUUCCCAGAACAGGCCAGAGUGGACCAUUUCAGAGCUGGCCUGUUACACAUACUCCCUGGUGUGUGUACCACUGUAUGACACGCUAGGCCUCGAGGCCAUUGAAUACAUCAUCGACCAAGCCGCUAUCUCUACGGUGAUCUGUGACUUGGUGGACAAAGUGCGGCUCAUCCUGGACUGCGUGAGCGGCAAGGAGCACACAUUGAAGACAAUCGUGGUCAUGGAGGACUUCGACAAGGAGCUUGUGGCCUGCGGACAGCAGAGCGGCAUCGAGAUCCUUAGCCUGAAGGAUGUGGAGGCUGUUGGCAAAGCCCACCACCAGCAGCCAUUGCCCCCAACACCAGAUGACCUGGCACUCAUCUGCUUCACUAGUGGAACCACAGGAAACCCAAAGGGUGGAAUGCUUACACAUGGCAAUGUCAUCGCCAAUUGCGCUGCUUUCAUCAAAAUAACAGAGGUGCACUGCAUGCUGAACCUCCACGACAUUCACAUGUCCUACCUACCUCUAGCACACAUGUUUGAGAGGGUGGUGGAGGGAGUGAUCCUGGUGCACGGUGCCCGGAUUGGCUACUUUCAGGGGGACAUCCGGCUCCUGAUGGACGAUCUGAAAACCCUGCAGCCCACAGUCUUCCCUGUCGUCCCCCGCCUGCUCAACCGCAUGUUUGACAAGAUCUUCGGACAGGCCAACACGCCACUGAAGAGGUGGCUGCUGGUUUUUGCCUCCAGGAGGAAGCAUGCAGAGAUGAUGAAUGGUGUGGUCAGGAAGGACAGCUUGUGGGACAAGCUCAUCUUCCAAAAAGUCCAGAACAGUCUUGGGGGUCGUGUGAGGCUGAUGAUCACAGGAGCGGCCCCAGUUUCUCCAACCGUCCUGACGUUCCUUCGUGCCGCACUUGGCUGCCAGUUUUACGAAGGCUAUGGUCAGACUGAGUGCACAGCUGGGUGUACCAUGUCCGUGCCUGGGGACUGGACAGCAGGUCAUGUGGGGGCUCCACUGCCCUGCAACUAUGUAAAGCUGGCAGACGUGACUGAGAUGAACUACUUUGCUGCCAAUGGGGAAGGAGAGGUGUGUGUAAAAGGACCAAAUGUAUUCAAGGGCUACCUGAAUGACCCGGAGAAGACUAAGGAGGCCUUGGAUCAGGAUGGCUGGCUCCACACGGGAGACAUUGGGAAGUGGCUGCCUAAUGGCAUUUUGAAGAUUGUGGACAGGAAGAAGCACAUCUUCAAGCUGGCUCAAGGAGAGUACAUUGCCCCGGAGAAGGUCGAGAACAUCUACAUCCGGAGCGACCCGGUGGCCCAGAUCUUUGUCCAUGGCGAUAGCUUGCAGGCAUGCCUGGUGGGCAUUGUGGUGCCUGAUCCAGACUUCUUACCAGGAUGGGCAAAGAAGAAGGGCAUCGAGGGUUCUUAUUUGGAGAUGUGCGCAAGCAAGGAGUUGAAAAAUGCCAUUCUGGAGGACAUUCUGAGGCUGGGGAAAGAAGGGGGGCUGAAGUCUUUUGAGCAGGUGAGAGAUAUCUCGCUGCACACGGAGAUGUUCUCUGUCCAGAACGGCCUCCUGACGCCCACGCUCAAGGCCAAGAGGACCGACCUCCGCAGUCACUUCCAAGAGCAGAUUGACCUGCUCUAUGCGAAGAUCAAGAUGUGAACCCCCGGUUGAGGGGAAAGGGAAGCAGAGGGUGACGAUCAUCUGGAAACCAUAGCCCGCUCCACUUGAAUGUAAUGCUCCUCGGAUGUGAUGAUUGACGACGGUUGUGCCCUCCCUUGUCUACUGUGACAGUGUCUUUGGUCCCUUUGCGAUGGAGCGGGAGGGAGACGGUUAUGUUAGAGGCCUAGACCGGGAUUUGUACAAAUGCAGGUAGACCCAUGCACUGCGAUUAGACUUUUAAAGGCAUUUUUUUUAAAGUAAAUUGCAGUGCACAGGUUUAUCUACGUUUGUUUAUAUCUAGGCCGUAGUGAAAGAGGGAGAUUCAUGCCUUACUGUCCAUGUGACGCUCUGUGUCAACCAUUCCUGUCAUCCAUUUCAAGUGCCUAUUGAGUUUGGAGUUUCUCGACCAUCUCACGGUCGGUAAUCCCUCAAUUGUCAGUUUCAAUUAACUAAUUUUACUAAUCAUAUCCAAAUUUUGACAAACUUUAGAUUAUUAUUUUAUGUUAAUACCACACCCAUGCAGAUGUUUCAGUAUCACCCUUGUUCAACUUGAGAUACAGUAGCUAUUUAUAGCAGUCUAUUUAAUGAUUGUCUCUUGAUUUAAUUUGAUAUUUAAUAUCAUUGAAUGUUACUGUAAGUAGUGUGUCUGUAUAAGGGGGGGAAAAAUCAUGAGGACAUCAAUGGGUCAUGGUUGAUACAGGAAGUGCCAUGUUUUCUUUUUCUCUGCAUACCAACGUUGAACUGUCAGAAGGCCUAGUCUGAACCUUUCUGAACAGUUCCAGAUCUAUUUUACACAUGACAAGUAGGAAGAUGUCCAUUCAGAAAGGUGUUAUGAUUUUCUGAACCGCUAAUAGUACAAAAGCCUGGCAAAGGAAACAAGCCUUCUACACAGCAGGGAUAAAAGACUAGGUUGUGUGUUUUCGUUCUGGUAUUGCACAUGCAAAGUGCCACUGUUUCUGCUCUUACACAGAAACAUUUAUUCCGUAAGUGUUCUUAAAACUACAGUGGCCUCAAUGUGCCAAAAUGCACACGCUGGUACCUGUCCUAUCCACAGAACUUAGUCCUGUCGGCCAAUUGGAACCUGGGUCGUAAUUCUGAAGGCAACAAUCAGUAGCCAGCUGCCCAAUUCCGAUUCUCUUUCCGAAAUGUGCACUUUUUCAGAAAAGGAAUAAUUGGGUGUAAGAAAUGAUGCAAGGUCUCAUGUAAGCUAGCCCAUGCUUACACAUCCAAUGCUUUUAAAUGUUUUCAAAUGGAGGUGGUAAAACUGACCUUUGUCCAAUUGAACUGCACACUCACCAUCCAUUUGAAGAUGUUUGCUCCCAUUUGAUGCCUAAUGAAGGAUACCCUGGAGAAUGAUCAGGUUAAGCUGGUUUAGACCAGUACCAAGCCAUGGCUCACUGGCCCCUUGCAAGCUUACUUUUGUGGACAAAAAUAGUGAUUUGUGUUAGGCCUAACCAACCAUUUACCUCAAGGAACUACAUUAUAGACAUUUGUCUCCUUUGCAAUCUAGCAAGGGUCCUUUUGUGAAUUCAGGUUAUUUAACAAUGAAUUAAGUGCUCAUGAUACACAUUGACCUGUUUGUUAACAUUGUUCUGUACUGGGUUUCUGCUUAGAUCACGUUAUCGAGACACCGUCAGAUGGCCAAUACUAGGAACUUGACCUCUCUUUAAAUCGACUUAGCCGUGUUCGGUUUCGAUGUGUUUUGUACAGGAGUAGAAACCAUACCUUUUCAUUUACUUGACUGUACCAAAUAAACACUUUGUCCCUGUG